AGAGUAUUGGAACGCGUGGUGGUGAGCCGCUCUAACACUACUUAGCGCCGGUGUGUCCUGCUGCCUCCCUCCUCCAGUGUCCAGUGCGCCGCUCGUGACUCCCGCCCUGCCCUAGAAAUGUGCUCUCGGUGUUUUUGAGUUGUCGCUUUAGUGUGUUACCACCAUGACUAAAGAAAUGAACAAGGACGCCGAGGCUUACGAUCGGGAAUAUGAUGGAUUUCUGAAGCAGCUUGAGGAGUUUCAUCAGCAGAGAGGGACGCCAUUCAAGCGCCUACCACGUAUUAAUGGCAAGGGAGUGGAUCUGUACCUCCUCUACGUGGUGGUGACGGCGCGCGGCGGCUGGCAGAAGGUCAAUGCCCGGUGUGAGUGGGAAGACAUCCUUGAGGACUUCCGUCUGCCAGCUGCCUGUGUCAACUCUGCCACAGCCUUGAAGCACAUCUACAUCAGAUACCUUGAUGCUUACGAACGCGUUAAUUUCCUCGGGGAAGAUGGGGAGGAGCGCGGAGCAGAGAUGGACGAAGGAGAGGACUCCAGGCUGAUGAGGACCAAGCGGGCCAUCAGGUCCCUCAACACUGUCCCGCUCGCUUACAACCACCAACAGCACAAUGUUCUAGAAUCUAUGAGAGCCAGCGGUGGCAUGUCAGUUGAUCUGUACAGACCCUCAUUGUAUGACAAGCUGGCCCUCUCCUUGGUGUCCCCCAUGCCAAAUGAACACGAUUUUGCCUUCAAUGUGUGCACCAUCCUGAGCAAUGAGGGCCGCCAUGUGCUCCAGCUAUCACAUUGCCCCAUCCUUGUGGAGCACAUGCUGGGACACACUGGGGUGUACAGAGAUUGGGAAACUCAAAAGUUUUUCCUCACCAAUUAUAAAGAAGCCAAAGGAAGAAGCCUUAUACAGUUCUGGAUAGAUUCAGUUCAUGACCGGAGUGUUUUGGACCUCCUCAUCCCCUCUGGCCUGGACCCCAAGUCAUCUGCCACCGAGGGGAGUGGGGAGCUGAGAAGAUACAGUCUCGUGGACCUUUCUAGUGGUGCUAUAGAUAAUAAGAAUUUGCUAAAUUUGAGUAGUGAUAGUCUGGAGUUGUUUGAUGAUAAGGAAGAAAUUGAUGAGGAUGACACGUGUGACAACGCCUUCCUGCGGGACGGGUGUAUGGCGGGUGGCACAGCACUGAAAAUUGCUGGCAGAAUAAACAGUGGUAACUUUGACAGUUUAGGUGAGCCUGACUAUAGGAGAAUUCCCCCAUUGGAGAUGAUCACACAAGCCCUCCGAAGAGAUCCCAUUCUAAGGCGAUUAGAGAAGGUCUUGGAGUGUGAAGGCAGUGACCUUAAGUUGGCAAAAGACGAUGGAGAAAUAUUUCACUUAGGAAGAGAUCUUGGAUCACAGGAUCCAGAAGGGACAAGAAUAAGCCAAAUUCUUCAUGUUAUUCGUAAUUUAUCAUUUGAGGAGCACAAUGUGGGCAUUCUUGCAAGAUCCCAUACCUGUCUUAAGUUUCUUGUCUUAUGUAUCUGUUCACGGUGGGGUGGGCUGGCCGUCAAUGCCCUGGACACCUUGGGCAACAUAGCACCAGAGAUAACACUUCAGGAACCAAAGGUAGACUCCUGCUCUGCCUUGUUCCUGUCGAACAUCUGCCACGGUGUCUCAUCACCCGACAGAGCAUUUGUCCUCAGGUCCCUUGAAAUCCUCAACAAGUUAGCCAUGAACGAUCCCAAUGAGGAGAUUCUUAAUCACUACAUAGAUUCCUCGGUUUAUGAUCAGAUAUGCCGUUACCUGACAAUUCACGACAUCAUGCUGCUCAUAUACACCUUGGAGUGCCUGUAUUCCCUUUCCUCCCUUGGCACCCCGGCCUGCAAUGCCAUUGUGCGGGCCAAGGGCUCCAUCCACACCCUCAUCUCUCUGUUGACUGUAGAGGCACAAAGCUAUGGACCAGAGGCAUGCAUAGGAAUGAAGGUCGUGGAAACUGUAACAGGUGUUGUGAGUGAACCUGAACCAGUGAGUCAGCCACCACCACCUCCCACUCCAGCUCCUGCCACAGUACCAGUUACUACUGUAGGUGUGGCAGCUGUGACGCCAGCCACACCAGUAGUUGCUAUCAGUAACCCUGUUGUCUCAGUGCCUGCAGGGUCCAGUGUCACUCCCAAGACCCCCCUUGUCAAGCCUGUCUCCAGUACCCCUGUAACUCCUGCACUCAGCUCGGAAGUUAGUGCUCCUGCUGCUUUGAUUGGAGGAGACCCACAGAAACUUGCUGGGCGAAUAGUUCCGCCCGAAGUUGAGGAGUUUGUCAAGGAUUGGGUCACUAAAAAUUACGAGGCUGCUCCUGGUAAUGCCAUAGAACAGGCCAUUGUAUACCGCCACUUUGCAGCCUCCAUGCAGUCUUUAGGUCGCAAGCAAGGCCUCAACCCAGUGCUCCUGUCCAAUUGUGUAAGGAAGGUGUUCGGGACUGGUGUUGGACCCAGCAGACGGCCAGUGGAUGCGGGCUCAGAGAAGUGGCACUACAAUGGCAUUCGACGGCGAGACGGCAUUGUGGUUCCUCCAUUGCCUGACAAGAAGAGGGGAAUGAGGGUCAACAAUUCCGUGCCAGUUUACAGCCCGACGCCAGUUCUCCCUCCAGUGAACAGCAUCAGUGCCCAGGUGACUAGUGAGGGGAGGGCGGUGGGAACCAUUAUAGGGACCCCGCAGCUGGUUACCACAUCAGCAACUCCGGCUGACGCUGUCAUAUCUCCUUCUUCUCCCAUCUUGAAGGCGCAGCUGUCAGCCCCCCUCAGACCGUCCCCGCCCCCGCCUUCGCGACCACCACAGGGCAUGGUGAGUGGUACCAUGUCUCAAGGUGUGUAUAGCAGUGCUCAACAGCAACAGUCCCCACAGCAGUCACAGCAACAAGCUCAGCCUACAAACAGAACAGAUAAUUCUGCCCUUAUCAAGAGUCUUUUGGCCAACAAGGUAACUCCAGCGGGAGUAGGUCAGGCAGGCAGCAUGGACCCACACCCCACCCACCAGACUCCCCAUUCACGACCCCUCCUAGUCCCCUCCACACCACCACAGCAACCCAGGGGUGCUUCAGGUGCUGUCUCAUAUGUACAAGCACUAUCCCAAGGUCCCUUGGGACCUGUGGGACCCAUGCUAAGUCCUACAAGCAUAGGGUGCACCUCUGGGAUGCAGGUAGUGUCUGGAGGUGUGGUAGGGGGAACAGGGGGCCAGCACGGACUGCACCAGCCACCACAGCCGUCGUCGGCACAGGUGUCACGAAAUAUUCAGAAGCAGCAGCAACAGCAGCAAACCACAGACAAUAGUCAAGAUAGCAGCAGUGAUUCUCAAGUUAGGAAAACAUCAUUUAAUGGAAUAUGUAAUGAGAUAAAGAAAUGUGAAGAGGACUCCAAUUCCCUACUUUCUAAUACUCUCAAUGAGAAGAAAGUAACAAGUUUUGAGGGUAUCUUGCAAAAUGGUAUCAAAGCUGAAAUUGAUAUCAAGGAAGAACAAGAACCUAAGGCCAAGAAGAAUGUCUUAGCUGACCUCCUAGAAAAAACUGUUGGAGGAGACAUUUUGAAUGGGGUUGUUGAGCGUGAAUUAAGAAUAAGUGAUCGAAGCUUAGAGUUUGUUAACAAUGGCCAGCAAGUUAAAGUAAAUGGACCUGUCACCAGUAAUGGACAGGCAGGGACAGAAACUGGGCAAGGUGUGAAGAGGCCUGCCACUCCAGACAAUACUCCUGCCAAAAGGAUAGCCAUUGAGGACCCAAGAGCCGGAACAGACAGUCGCAUCACACUGUAUGUUAGUCAGAAUGGAAAUGAGAGUGGGGAAGUGAUAUCUCAAGGACAUCAAGUGGUGUUGAGCCAAGGGCAGCAGCUGGCAGCCACAAACACCACUGGACCCCAGCAGAUGGUAGUGAGCCAGGCUGUGCUGGCCGGGCAGCAACAAGGAGCUGCCACACAGACUGUUGUCACCCCUCAAGGACAGGUGAUCCUCCAGCGGCCUGCCACUCAGACUGGAAUGAUCGUUCAGCAGGGCGGUCAGAUCAUUCAGGGGGCCACUGCUGGACAAGUUAUUCAGCAAGUUAUACAGCAGGGACAGUCAGGACAACCGCAGAAAGUCAUCUUACACCAAGGACAGGUGUUGGGUGGCCAAAUGAUUCUCUCUCAAAACAGUAGUGGUCAACACCAAGUACUAGUGCAGGGCGGGAAUAAUUUUCAGGGACAGGUAAUCAUGCAAGGUGUGCCGCACUGUCAGGGGCAAGUAUUUGUGCAAGGAAACAAUACUCCAGGUCAGUUGGUGAUGAGUAGUAAUCAAGGCCAGACAGUAGUGGUGUCUGGCGGCACUCAGGCACAGCAACAAGUGGUGGUGUCGAGUGCUCAGGGCCAGGCCAUGAUAGUAGCUGGAAAUCAAGGUCAACCGGUGGUAGUAAGUGGACAGCAAGGUCAGAGUGGCCAAGUUGUGGUGCCUAGUAAUGUAAGUGGCACAGUACUGUUGGCUCCUCAGCAGCAAGGAUCCACAGCAAAAACCCUCAUUAUAUUGCCCAACCCUAAGAUGAUAGUGUCAGGGACUCAGCACCAGGGUGCUCAGGGCCAACAGUUGGUGCUACCCCGCCAGGUAGCUGGACAGCAAGUUGUACAGGUGGUGUCCUCAAGUACCACAGGACCAGUGGCUACUGUGUCAACUGCUGUGAGAACUGUGCAUGCCACUGCCCCUUUAGCAGCAGAAACCUGUGCUACCCCUGCCCCUCCCACAGUCCAAAUUCAGACUUCUAGUAGUGGUAGCAGCAGUGCCAGUGUAUCCACAUAUAGUGCUCAGAAUUCAACCACCCUAUCUACUGCCAUCGCUCCUGCCCCAGCUGGUCCCACGGCUGUUCCAGUGACACAGACUUCAGUGAGUCAAGGGCCUCAGACUCCCCAUAUCCCAGCCCCACAGGUGCUCUCCUCUGGUGUAGCAAGACGGCAGGGCAAACCCAGUGGUUUACAGUAUUUAUGUGAGUGGCGGGGAUGUAACCAGGUGUUCACCAGUGCAGCUCAAGUGUACCACCAUGCCUGCAAGAUCCAUUGCCCUCCACACAUAGCGGAGAUCCAGUGUGGCUGGGCGGGCUGCGACCCCAUGAUGAGACGCCGGUUUAGUGCCAUGACUCACCUCCACGACCGGCACUGUAAUGAGCAGCUGCUUCAAAUUCUUGCUGUGAGACGAUCCCAACUAGCCAGCACAGGCAAGACAGAAAUACCAGUCCCACAGACUCCACCUCCACACCCAGGUUAUGCCCCCAAUGCAGCCUUCCAUGCCAUCAAGAGGCAUGCUCUAGAAGUUAUUAAUCAGAGAGACGCAGUGGAAAAAGAGGGACCGGUAACAAAAAGUAUCCGGUUGACUGCAGCACUGAUCCUGAGGAACCUAGUCAUAUAUUCCAAUACUGGAAAGAAGCUGUUGCGGGGAUACGAGUCAGAACUAGCAAAUGUUGCCCUCAGCACAAUGGAAUCCUCACGAACGGUAGCACAGAUCCUAUACGACAUCGGCCUUCCUGACCACCAGGGGUUAUAGGCAACCUUGGAUCCUUGCUGAGGACUCAUGAAGCAAUCUAACCUUCUUGGUAGCUGUAUGAGGGAUUCAAAACUAAGACUCCCUAGAACUCUUCCCUAGCAGAUGAAAAGUGAACGAGAGGAGAGUGAGUGUUCUUACAAAUGCUGUAGAGCAAACUCAAGUGUAGUCCAUGUAGAACUUUUUCAUCUGCGACUGAUAUGUGAUGUGAGGUCGGUGAGAGCGUCGAGUCCUUUGUGUGAACUAGGCGCAUUGCUAGUGCAAUUACAAAGCUUCAAAAUUGAGACGAGUGUUAGCUGAAAAAAUGAGUCUCGUGAGGUAUUUAUGUUGUGCCAGUGAUCAGGUGAAAGGUUUGUGUUCUUGCUUUUUGGAGACCUGCCUUGUAGAUGUUUCCUUUUUUCAGGUUCUUUUGGCAUUUAGGUACAUUGUAUAGAAGUACUUCUGUUUUUACUAUUUAUUUUUAUUGACAUUCUGUUUCCCAUAAGUUCGAGCUUGUUUAGCCAGUGUUGCAGUGUAGAUACUGCAGUAGUUGGGUACUUUGUUUUAAUGAGUAAUCUCAAAUGGCUAUGAUUCUAGACCAGUUAAGCAUAAAAGAUGGAUCUGUAAGCACAAUUUUGUAAAUUUUGUACACAGUGUAUAAAUAAUAUUAACUUCUGUACAUGUAGACUAAUAAUAGAGAUUGUUUCUUCUGCUGAAAGCAAGUUAAAGACAAGUUUCCUCCAGUCCACAGUCUUGAGAGAGGCAGCUGAGGGUGGUGCCAGGGGGUCCUGUGGGGUGUGCUGGCACUCAGUGGAAUCCCUUUACAACAAGGGCAAGUUCUUGGAAGGAAAAAGUUGUGAUACCAAAUAUAUAAUCUUGUUUUUAUAGAAAAAAUGAAGUACACGAAAAGCUAAUUCUAUUUUCUAUCAUUAUUUGUAGAAUUAUAGAUAGUAGUAUAUUAUUUUUUACCAGUUUGACAUGUAUGAUGUAGAUAAUGGGCAGUGAAUAAUGAUUUUUAUGAAUAAUUUCUAUAAAAGAGAAGCAUAUACUCUGUGCAUCAAAAUGUCCCUUAGUUUUAUGUGUAUGUAAAUGGGAGAUGGGGAAGCAUUGUGGUCAAGAUUGUCCUUCACUUGAAAGUCACUAUAUAAACUGUACCUGAGUCUCAUUUACUUUGUACACAUGUUCACAUUGUUGUUUUGACAUUUAGGUGUUAUUUUCAGGUUGGGACAUUUGGUAGCAUCCAGGCUGCAUCAGCCAUGUUGUGAAGUACAUAGGCAGGUACUUGAAAUAGAGAGAGGGGAAAAGAGCACCAGGCCUUACUGAAGAUGGUUUAGUCCACCCAACACUGCUGCUACCAUGGUCUAAUCUGAUCUUUGUUAUUUAUUUAGUAAUUAACUUGCACUUAGAUGAGUUUGUGUGUGUGUGUGUGUGUGUGUGUGUGUGUGUGUGUGUGUGUGUGUGUGUGUGUGUGUGUGUGUGUGUGUGUGUGUGUGUGUGUGUGUGUGUGUGUGCAUGCGCACGUGUGUGUGUGUGUGUGUGUGUGUGUGUGUGUGUGUGUGUGUGUGUGUGUGUGUGUGUGUGAAGGGAAUGUUUUUGUACAUGGUGAUUGUCUCACAAGCUCCACACCCCCAGUGGUACCUUUGCAUCAUAUGACACAUGUUGGUGGGCACAAACUAUUAUACGUCCAAUCAGUCCUCCUUAGCCAGGUAAUAUCUGACUAAUGGUUGUGUAUCGUCUCCAGCUCCCUGACAGGUGGUACCGAGUGCAGUGGGCGUGGUGGCAGUAGGCUCCUCUCUCCCACUUUCUUUACCAUUCCCAGAUGAACUUAUUCCUCCCACCCCACCACCCACACCCAAACCAAUCUUUGUUUUUCUUUUUCCACCUUUACUGUUCAAACCACUGAUGCACUGAGCUGUGUCUUCUGUUACAACAACUCGCCAGACAUCAUUAUAAUUUUUUUAAUAAAAUAUUGUAAAUGUU